AAUACCCCCAAAACCAUCCGAAGAGAGGCUAUAACAAGAAUGGUAUAAAAGGAGGAGCAGCUCAAGGAUUGUGAGAAGCAAAGCCCACUGAUAAAAUUUAUAGACAUGGCAGGCUCUGUGCUUCACCUUCUAGUUAUUCUAUUGGGUUUUUCUCACCUUAUCUCUUUGAAUGCUGUCCCAUUAGCAAGGACUAGAAGUCUGUUAUCCAAUUCUCAAGUUCUUACAGCUUUGGAGAUUAAUGACCUUCAGGAAAUCAAAGAGGAAACAUGGAAAGAAGGACUCAUCCAUGGCAGAAUGGAAAUGGAGACAAUGGAUUAUCCAGGAUCAGGAGCCAAUAACCGCCACACUCCACAUCCAUCAACAGGAGAGAAACAGAGCUAGGAGUUGGACUCUUUAGCUGCACAGGUAGUAAAUCUUCAUAACCUAUUAUAAUGUAAGAAAUUUUCUAAAUAGGACUCAGGCUCUUCGAAUCAUACCCUUUGGUUAUUCAGUUAUAGGGGAGUGAAAUAGGUUUGUAACUAGAUUGACUGUACUAGUAUGUAAAUUUGAGGGAAGCUUAAAGCUAUCACCAAAGGUGUACUAAGCUCUAAAGUCAAUUCAACAGUAAUGUAGAGUGGUUUGAAUCUA